AAAACGGAUCGGAUAACCCUGUGUUGGGUUUUCGUCCGAAUGAUGCUCCCGCGUGUUUUGUAAUUGAUCUGCAACAUUCAAUUUUUUUCACUGAAAAAUGUUGCAGUUCCAAAAGUUUUAUAUUAAUCGAACUAUUUUGGCUUUGUUACAACUGAAACAGCCUCAUAUGUUUAGAAGUAUACAUUUGCAAGUUAAGUUAAAAAGAUAUUUAAAGGAGUAUCCUAGGUAUUUCUCUUAUGCUUCACAAAACUCAUUAAAUUUAGGAAAUAGGUUUAGUUCCAAUAUAGCUACAAAUGAAACUGAAGAAAAGAAAAUAAACCAAAGAUUAUUAAAAAGUUUUGUAGAAGCAAUUGCUAUUGGUGAUUUAAAAGUUACAGAUUUUGCAGCUGUUUCAGACAAAUUUAAUUUGAAGGAUCUCGAUAUCCAGUUUGUUGACAAAUAUGAUAUUAGAAUUUCUAGUGAUUUAAAUACUCUAAUGUUUCCAUUUUAUUCUUUGGAUGGAGAAUGUCUUGCUGUCCAAUCUUUAUCAUUCACAAAAGAAAAGAAACUACUUUCUGACUGUCCACCUGAAUUGCUGAAGAAUAUUUUGUUUGGAUGGCCAUUAAUCGAACACAGCCAAAAGAAAAUUAUUGUAACAUCAGAUCCUCUUGAUGCAUUAGCAGUUAACCAAGCAACAAAUGGGAUAAAUGCAAUUUCUUUGCCUUUAGAUUUCAAGAACUUUUCAGUUGAAUUACUGGAAGCUCUAAAACCAUUCACAAAAAUUAUUUUCUGGCUGGAUCCUCAUCUGCAUGAUUGGGACAUUCACAGGUUGUUGGGAGAGAGCUUAAAAGAGAAGGCAUUUUUUAUUAGUUCUAAAAAUACCUCUUCUGCCCUAUCAAGUUUGCAGUCUGGUCAUAAUUUAGAGCGUAUUUUGAAUGAAGCUAAACCUAUAUAUCAUAAAUGUCUUGCAACAUUCAAUACUUAUAGAGACUCUGUACGUGAAGAAAUACAAGGACAUGAAAAAACUACUGGUCUUAAGUGGAGACGAUUUUCAAUCCUUAAUGACAUUUUGAAAGGCCAUAGGAAAGGAGAACUCACUAUCUUUUCUGGUCAAACUGGAACUGGCAAGACAACAUUUUUAUGUGAAUACAGUCUUGAUCUGUGUGCUCAAGGACUACCAACACUAUGGGCAAAUUUUGAAAUUCCAAAUGUUAAAUUGGUGAAGACUAUGGUUAUGCAGUUUUCAAAACAAAAUUUGAUUGGUCAAGUUGAAGCUUUUGAUCACUGGGCGGAAAAAUUUGAAAAAAUUCCAAUGAAUUUCAUAAAUUUUGAUGGUGGAAUUCGGACAUUUGAAGAAAUAUUGCAGGUUAUGGAAAGAGCUGUAGAGUCAUAUAAUGUUCGUCAUUUGGUUGUUGAUAAUCUUCAGUACAUGUUAAAUAUGGAAGAUAGCCAUGCUGUUUUGGACCAACUUCGUAGACAAGAUCAAAUAUUUGCCUGCUUAAGGGAAUUUGCUUGUCGUAUGAAGUGUCAUGUAACUCUUGUAAUUCAUCCAAGAAAAGAACCCGAAUUUACUGAACUUAACAACACUUCUAUAUCAGGAACAGCUAAGGCAAUACAGGAAGCAGAUAACAUUCUUAUUUUGCAAACCACAAAAACUAGGCAAUAUUUACAGGUAACAAAGAAUCGAUUUGAUGGCGCAAAAGGUUGUGUGAUUGUUGAAUUUGAUAAGAACAGUUUGACUUUCACUAUGAAGAAAGCUAGCUGAAAAAAAGACGUCCACUCACUUCCACUAAUUUAAUACACAUCUUUCAAGUCAUUGGCCAUUUAUUUCGUUAUUUAAAAAUUUAAAUAAUUUUCAGGGAAUUCGUCUUUAUUUUUCACUCAUGUGCAUAUACUUAUUUGCAAUGCAUUUAUUUAUUUAUUUCAUGUUCUUGUUAUUUUUUAAAUACUUCAGUUUUGAAAUGAUUAUGACAAAAACACACAAGAGAGGUUUGAGUAUCUAGAAAAUUUUAAGGAAAGAAUGUGUUAUUAUUUGCAUUUUUAUCUUUACAGAUACUUUUCAUGCAAAAUAAUCUCUGAUUUAUAAUCAAUAUAUUCUUAUAUGUUUAAACAAAAUUGUUUAAUUGAUUGAAAAUGUUUCAUUAUUUUACUAAUUGUAAAGUUGGUAAUAAAUCAGUUGUUGAAAGUCUUUAUCUGCUGACAAAAAAAAAAAAAAAAAAAGUAUUUAAAAGCAUUAAACAGAAAGGUUGUGGAUUAGUAUUAAUGAAAAAAAGAGAAGGCUGGGAGAUAUCUUAAUCCAUUUAUGUAUAUGAUCUGUUUUUGUUAAUUGUUUUUUCGUAUGAAUUGUUUAUUCUUAUUUUAGUCAUAUGCAUUUUAAUGUAAUCAAAUUAGAAUGAUGUGAUUUUAUUCAGUGUGAAUCUGUUUAGUGAAAUUCCAAUUGCAUUUUUAUUGAAAUUACAUCAAUUAAUUGCAUUUUGACAUUUAUCUAAAAUCUUCCAUUGGAUAGUUUUAUUUGAACAAAAGUUUGCAUUAUAUUCUUUUAUAUGCAGUAGUUUUAAUAAUUUACGAUUUAUAUACAAAUGUAAAAACUUAAACAUCUGUGAAAUCAGUUAUAAAAUGCAUUUAUUAAUAUGCAUUUUAACCAAUCAUUAAUCAGUCAACUCGCAUCUCAAUUACAUUUCAUUCAAUAGGUUUUCGUUAAUCUUAUUUAUUCUUUUUUGUGAUAUCACCAUUGUAUUGAGCCAUUCGGAAACUGUAGGCGAAUGAAUUCUGUGUUAAUAAUUUUUUCAUAACAUGGCAUUUAAUAAUUUGCAAUUUGCAUUUUUUUGUUGUUGUUUGUUUUGUUUUUACAAGUGAAUAAUUUCUAGCAGAGUUCAUAUAUAUCUGCAUUGAUUAAAAUCAUGUUAUCAGUAUCUGCUUCUUGGAAAAUGCUGAUACUAUGCUACUGAUUUUUUAUAAAGUGAUAAAAUAUUAAUACAUUAAGUGCAGUAUUUUGUACCUGGUAUUUUUAUUACAAAGUUAACAUAUGCACAUAACCCAUGGAUUGUUCAAAAUCGAAUUAAGGUGCACACUGAGUUUCAUAAAUGUUUGUGUCUAAUAAAUCCAGUUUAUUUGAUACUGAUUUUGUGAACAAUUAUAUUUUAAAAAAAGAAAUGCACUGUUUCCUUUUUGAGAAAAAUUUACUUGCUGCUCAAUUUUCACUAUAUUUUUGAAAUAUAAGAUCUUUUCUAAUUUGAUAUUCUGAUUAUUAGUCUACACUUGUUAUUUUU